AUGCCGGCCCAGAACGGUGCAAAAGUGCUCGGCCGGGGAGCACAGAUGGCCGCAGCAUUCGGGAAACAAUACUUUCGUAGCCCGCAACUCCCACCGGUUGAUUGCUGUCUGGUGGUCGAGAUGCUCGAUGGACCGAGUGCGUGUCUGAAGGGCUGUGCUGAAUCGGGCGUUCAGCUUCCGGACUUUCCGGAGAACGGAUCCCCUGUCAAUCAUCCGAUUCUCUCAACACCACACCUCAAGGAGUGGCGCAACUCUCUUCGAAUCCUGCUUCAUGUUGAUGCCUACAUGUUGUCCAUUCGCUCCAUCUCCCUCGUCGCCAUUACCGAGGAUAAGGAGAACACGAGCAAGGAAAUCUUCAACCGCGAUCUGGCCGAGAUUCCCAGAUCGGAAGUGGUGAAUUUCUUUGCGGAACACAAGAAUGCCUCGAGAGUUGAAGUUGUCGUCAAGAUCAAGAUCAACCAAAUGAGCGGAGACCCACUGGAGAAGGUCCCUACGACCGUUCCCUUUAACAAUGGAUAUAUCGCGGUCGGGGAAAAUGGUGUCGUCUUCAGUCCGCUACUUCAGAACUUGACCCCUGCGGAACAACCUUCACCCACGCCGGCCGUUCUCACCUCUCCGCCUGCUCAAGAGUCCACGCUUUACACAGCGCCAUUCCCACAUGUCAUUUCCACUCCCGAAGCGCAAGCAAGCGUUGCGCAUUCUGCAAGCAUCUCCAAGUCCGACAGUCCGCACAUCCCACAUUCCGUGCACAAACUCGCACCUCAUUCAGACCUACGCCCCUCUCUCGAUCAGGCAUCCGCACCAAAGCCGACGUCGCCUCCUAUGCUGUCUUCGACACCGACCCAGCGCACGGAAAUUGCAUUGCCGCAGUCCGUCAAAGAUGCACUCGCUGCAGCGCGGAACGUCUCUGCAGGCGGAGUUACCGUACCGAUUCCCGACCCCGAGCUCUUGGAAGAGCUAGAGAAGUGGUUUUGGGGAACGCCCGAGCCAGACGCAUUGCACGAUAUGGAGAGCGAUUCGAAUCUUCCCGAAAAGUUCACAGACCUCGACAAGACCGAAGACGCACGGCAGACCGCCAGGGCUGAAGCCACACGCUUUGCCCGUGCCAACAGGGUGGCUGAAGCAGCGGACAUAGCAGCAGAGGAGGAAAUCGAGGCGAAUGUGGAGGAUGAAGUUGUUAUGGAUAGCGAGGAUGAAACUGAUCAGUCGGAUAUCGCGGCGCGCUUGGAGCAGUUCGAGGAAGCUAGCAUUGACGAUUGGGACCUGUUGAAGGCGUUGACGGGAGUGGGUAAUAACGAGGCGACGGAUGAGAAUGAGGAUGAAAUGGAGCUUGAUCGCUAG